AUGAAUAUCGAUGUGGUGUUUGAGAUACUCUUGCAUCUUCCUGUUCGAUCCCUCUUGAGAUUCAUAGCUGUCCACAAAUCGUGGUAUUACAUCAUCAAUUCUCCAGACUUUAGAAAAUUGUACAACUUGCGCCGUAAAAACAACAAAGAUGAGGAGGUAUAUCUAUGCUUUAUUUCUGAUUUCAGUCGUCCACAAGUAUCACUAAAUCUCCUAGAUAACGGGAAGUCAUUGAUGUGGUAUUACUUUCAGCAUAAUGACCAAAGGAAGUUUAAAUAUGCAUCUGUAUCUGUAUCCGGGGCGGUUAAGGGUCUAGUUUGCAUAAGUUCUCCUUAUGUGUUAGGCCUUGCAAUAUCCAAUCCUUUUCUUGGUCAAUUGAAGAAUCUACCACUUCCUCUUUGCGCUUCUACUCAUAGACGACAAAAUUUGUAUGCUCAUCAUGUGGGACUAGGUUUUGACGAAGAUUAUAAAGUGGUGCAGUUGUUGUUGUGCACCGUGCACAGCUGUUUACAUGCAAAUCUGUAUUCAGCACGGACGAAUUCUUGGAGGGAAUUGGAUAGGCAUCAAGAUUUGAUCAUCCAGAAACCCAUAAAGUCGGUGUGCAAGAAUGGAUCCUUUGCUCACUGGGAAGGGUUAACAAGGACAGAGUGUAAGAAGAUUAUACUAAGCUUUGAUAUGAAGAAUGAAGUGUUUCGAACAAUUAAAAUAUCAGGAACGGGUGACCAAGUACUUGAUAAUUACUUUCGGUCAUUUAAGGAUUUUACGAUUUUUGCCAAGGGUGAGUGCUCUUUUGUUAUCCUUGUUAUGGACAAAUAUAAGUUGAAGGUCUAUGAGUCGAGCGGUGAAGGAAGUGAGGUUAUUUGGAAUAAUGUGAAUAAUGUGAGCCUAUAUUAUUUUUGGAAGUGCAAUUUUGGGUGGACUUAUGAUAUUCCUUUUUGGAGGAACAAUAGUUGUGUGGUUCUCAAAGGUCGUACAUCAAGAGAAGUGAUUUUGUAUGAUUACCGUGUUCGGAAUAUCAUCAAAUGUUUCAAGAUGUGUGGGAGAUGGGCUACGGGUGAUGAAAUCAUGGAGUAUAAAAUCAUUGAGUACGAAGGAAGCUUGAUUUCACCUUAA